GUGCGCCAUCAACAAUCGCGAUCGUGAACUAAUCUAUAUCGAUUUUUUACCUGGUGUAAAGUAAAAUAUUUGAUCGCAAAUCGAUCGGUGACAGCUGUCGUUGUCGUGUUCACAUCAUCAAGUGUCUUACACGUGAUAUUUCUACAAAUUAAAACAUAAAAUUGUGAGCACAAUAUUGUUUAUCAAUACAAUAAUUGUUUUUAAAUAUAUCAAGUGAUAAUAAAAAUAUAUUUUUAACAAUAAACAAUCAAUAAUAUUCAUGAUUAAAUAAAAUUAUCAAUACUGAUGAAAAAAAAUGAGUAAAUAAAAAUAAAAUGAUAGAAUUUUACGUUCAAAUUUGAGGUGAAAUAUCAGACAAUCUAAUUGCUCCUCCAUUGUUAAGGAGUUUUAUUUUAUUUAGAAUUUAAUUAUCAAGUUGAAUUAUUGACAAUAAUGAAAGACGAAAGUAUUGAAUCACAUGAAAAACAAUUAGACACAAUUGAAAAAUCAUCAACAAGUAAUAAUCAUGAUAAAAAUCAAGUACAUGAUCCAACAAAUGAUGAUAAUGAACGUGAGUUUGAAUCAUUAGAAUAUGAAGAAGAUGUUUAUUAUUCUAAAAAUGUUGCAACACCAAGUUUUGAUGAUAUUGAUGAAUUAAGUGAUGAAGAAAUAAUAGUACAUUGUUGGAAAAAUUCAAAUGGUGAUUUAGAAGAAAUAACUGUUGAUGAUAAUGAUAUUACAUUUGAUGAUGAGCCUGUAAAUGAUAAUAAUAAAAAAAAACGUAGAACAAUAAAAAUUGUAUUUCAAGAAUUAUCGAAAUCAUAUUUAGAAAAAAUUAAUAAAAAUCAAAAUUAUAAAAAAUUACUUGAAUUUGUAAAAGGUGAAGAUGCUUUGAACUCUGGUUCAAUGUCACCAUCAGCAGACAAUGUAGCAAAUGAAUUGGCUGGUUUAACAUUGGAACAACAAGAAGCACAAAAAGAAGAAUGGAAUCGUGAACUUGCAAAGGUAGAAGAAGAAAUUCAGACACUUAGACAUGUACUUGCAAGUAAGGUCAGAGUAUCUAAUGAACUUAAACGUAAAUUGGGAAUUACUGUGUGGAAGGAUAUUACAGAAGAUGUUAAUCAAAGUCUUCGUAAUGUCAAGGAUAGUCAAGUAUUUCAGAAAACAGAAUCUGUUUGUAAACAAGCUGCUGGUCUUACAACAAGUAUACUUGGUGGUUUUGGUUCUGGUAUAACUAUGAAAAUUGGCCAAAUGCGUAAUUCAGAUAGUUUUCGUUCAUUGGAAGAACGUGUUGGUUCAGCAUAUGAAAAUGUCAAGACAAAAGUUGUUCCAUCACGUUCAAAUUCAACUCAAAGUUUUGAUGAAGCAUUAAGAGAAGCUGAAGCAUCAAGACGUGCUUCAUCAGUUGCAACAAGUCCAACAAUUCCAGAAGAGAAAUUACUUUCAUAGAGCUUAUCAUACUGUCGACAUUUGACCCCGUACAUUAACAACAAUUGUACAAUUAUUUGUUGGCUAUUUUUCUUGUAAACAUUUUCAUCUUAACAAUGUAACAACUAUGGGGUCCAAUUAUUAUUUCAAUUUAAUAUACAUUUUAAAGUAUUGAUUUUUAAAUAUUCCUUCUUUUUUUUUUUUUUUUGCAUAAGGAUUUCUUUUCUUUUUCAAAUAUAAAUAAAUAAUUGUUACGACAAUAUAUAUAUAUAUACUGAAAAAAUGAUUUAAAUUAAUCAUGAUUAACACAAUAAAAAUUAAACAAGGUAUCAAAAAUAAAUAUAUAUUAAUAAAUGUAAGAUUUAAAGAAAAAAAUGUACCACUCGUUCUAUCGAAACACUGUCCAUAAUUUAUAAAUUCAAUUUUUCGAUAUUAAAUUUAUAUAAUUAAAGUAAUUAUUUUUUUUAGUACUUGUCUAUUGUGGUUGAAGUAAAAAUAAAUCCAACGAUUAUUUAAAAAGUGUACUUAUACACAUAGGAUAUUUUUUUUUAUUUUCAUUUAUUAUUAUAAGCAGUUGACGCUUGGAUUUUUUGAAAAGGUAAAAUAAUCAUGUGCUAAUUAUGUUAUUAUUCUUGCUGAUAAAAUAAAUUAUUUCAUAAAAAAAAGAAGUCUCUUUUCUUGUUUUUCAAUUAUAUUUCUUGUUUGAAAUUAUUAAUUUAAAUAAAUAUCAAUUUUCAUUGACGAAAUCAUUUUUCUAUAGGUUCAUUUUUGUUCUUUCGAAAAUACUAGAACAACAAAGCUGUAAAAUAAAAAUUUUAUUUUGCAUUUAAACAUAUGACUUGAAAAAAAAUAAUCAACAUUUAUAAAUGCUUAUUUAUUUAAAAAAAAUAAAUAAUUACAUUGUUUUAUUAUUUAAAAAAUUUAUUACAAACUAAUUACAAAAAUAAAAAAAUAUUUUCAUGUCCCGUUUGACGUUUCACAGUUGAUUUUUAAUAAUAAAUUUUUUUAAUUGUUAAUUUUAAUGAACUAAUUAAUUUUUACAAUAAAAUUUAUAUAUAAAAUUCAUUUGACAAUAAUUUUUUACAUAUAUUCUACAUAAUUUAAAAAUAAUAUUUUAUCCACAAAAUAAAUUAAUUUUUAGAAAUAUAAUUACUUAUUGUUUUAAAUUUUUUUUUAUAAAUCAUUCAUUAUAUUUAAAUUAAAAUACAUGUAUACAAGUAUGUCAUAGUGUUUUUUUAAAUAUUUUAUUUUCAUUGUUAAUAUUUUAUUUUUAAUAAUUUUACAAAUGCGUAAAUGCAGCUCUCAUUUUUAAGCUGCACGCGAUAUAUAUUCUUUGCGAAAACUAUAUCAAACUAUUUAUACUUUUUUUUUUUAAAACCGUGAGAAAUUUUACAAGCAAAUAUAAAACAACUGUACAUAUAAACACAUACACACACGCCAAUAGUACAUGAAAAUAUUACGUCUAGGCAUUAUAGUAGAAGAAAAUGGAUAAAAGAAAAAAAUCACUUCCCAAGUUUCUAAAUCGUGCGGUAUUUGAAUUUAUGAGUCAUUUAAAAUUCAAAUAUAAAAAUUAACCAAUGACAAAAUGCUAAAAAUAUCAAGUAAAUUUAUUUAUAUAAAAUUCAAAAUAAUUGAUUAUAUAUUUUUACCAUAAUAAAUUAUCAAGUAAAUUAAUAAAAAUUACAAAUAAAUAUGUUAAAUAUUAGAUAAAUUAAUUUUUCAAAAAAAUCAUUAGCACUGAUUUUCCACAGGAUUGCCUGAUGUUGGCCUCAAGUUAAAUAUGAUCUUCGACAUCUGUAAAAUUAUAAAUGUGGGAAAUGUGAAUGAAUAAAUAUUACUUUUUUAUUUUUUUUUUUUUUAAUAAUAUUUAUUACAAUUUAAAUAAAAAAAAAUAAUUUUUCUCAUUAAAAUUUUUCCAUCAUCAGUUGAGGUGGUUCAUCAGGCGAUCUUGAAGGCCACGUUAAUUUCAUAUAGACAAAAAAUUUAUUCCACAAUCUCACAAAUACAACAGUGCAAUAAAUUCAUU